GCAAGAGUAAUCCUGUGGCUGUGGGAGAGGCAUCCAUACGAAACGUGACAAUUGCCUGCAGCUUGGCAAGAGGAUCAGUUCAGAGACAAAUUCUGCAGAAUGUGCGAAUGAGGUGUUUUCUCAGAUUUCUCAGUUCUGUUUUCUUUCUCUCUUUUGCAACUUCAGCGACCAAUAACUUUCUUCAAAGGGGGUCUUCUCUCUCAGUUGAAGCUGGUUCAGACCUCCUGACCUCCCCAGAUAAGUCAUUCACCUGUGGCUUCUAUGAGGUGGGAGAAAAUGCUUACUGCUUCUCAAUUUGGUUCACGAAUUCUAAGAACAGAACAGUUGUUUGGAUGGCCAACCAAGACAAGCCAGUCAAUGGCCGAGGCUCCAGAAUCUCACUGAGGCGAGACGGCGCCAUGGUCCUAACCGACGUUGACGGCUCGACCGUGUGGCAGACCAACACCACCGCCACUGAUGUUCAAAGAGCUGAGCUUUUGGACUCUGGGAACCUUGCUCUAAAAAACCGAUACGGUAAAAUUCUGUGGCAAAGUUUUGAUUUUCCUACAGAUACACUUCUUCCUGACCAACCCUUUAAAAAGAGCAAGAAAUUGGUUUCUACUUUAGGAAGAGGUUCCUAUUAUUCUGGUUAUUUUAGUCUUUAUUUUGAUAACGAUAAUGUGUUGAGGUUGAUGUAUAACGGGCCUGAUAUAUCCAGCUUGUAUUGGCCUGAUCCUGAUUUUAAUGUGUAUCAAAAUGGAAGAACAAAUUAUAAUAAUAGCAGAAUCGCUGUUUUAGAUGAAAUGGGUACUUUUUCAUCCAGCGACAAGUUUCAGUUCAGCGCUGCUGACAUGGGUUCUGGAGUCAAAAGGAGGCUGACAAUGGAUUAUGAUGGAAACCUUAGACUUUAUAGCCUUAACAGUUUGUCAGGAUUGUGGGAGGUUUCAUGGGAAGCUCUCACCGAACCGUGCAAAGUUCAUGGGGUAUGUGGGAGAAAUGGGAUUUGUGUUUAUACACCGCAGGCCCAGUGCUCAUGUCCUCCUGGCUAUGAGGUCACCGAUCCAAGUAAUUGGAACAAAGGUUGCAAGCCUAAGUUCAAUCAAACUUGCAGCCAAGCCAAUGAUGUGAAAUUUCUGGAGCUUCCAAAUGUAGAUUUCUAUGGAUAUGAUCUCAAUUACAGUCCAGAAAGUUCAAUUGACCAUUGCAGAAAACUCUGCUUAGAGGAUUGCCGUUGUGAAGCAUUUAGCUAUAGGUUAACAGAACGGCUUUGUUUCACCAAAAAUGCACUUUUUAAUGGCAUCAGGACUCCAAGUUUUCCAGGCAGUAUAUAUCUAAAAUUGCCAGCAAGUUUGGAAACCACAGAACCCAACAGUCUCAAUGGCACCAAUCCAAUAUGUGGGAUCCGUGGAUCUGAAAUUGUGACAGGGUCUCCUACCGUGUACGUGUACAAUUCAAAAAUGCCGACAUGGAUUUAUCUUUACUGGUUUGUUUCUGCAAUCGGCGCAGUUGAAAUUCUCAUCUUUGUAUUGGGUUGGUGGCUCCUUUUUAGAGGACAUGGCGCGUCAGGUUCACUGGAAGAUGGGUACCGUGCGCUAUCAAGCCAGUUCAGGAAAUUCAGUUAUGCUGAACUGAGGAAGGCAACCAAGAAGUUCAAGGAAGAGCUGGGAAGAGGAGCCUCUGGGGUUGUAUAUAAGGGUACUUUGGCGGAUGAAAGGGUAGUGGCUGUGAAGAGAUUGGGAGAUGUUUAUGAAGGGGAAGAAGUGUUUUGGGCAGAAAUGAGUACUGUUGGGAGAAUCAAUCACACGAACCUUGUUAGAAUGUGGGGAUUCUGUUCAGAACGUGGACGCAGAUUGCUGGUGUAUGAGUAUGUAGAGAAUGGUUCAUUGGACAGGCACUUAUUGCCCCCAAAUUUUCUUGGAUGGAAAGAGAGGUUUAAAGUUGCAUUAGGAACAGCUAAAGGUUUGGCCUAUCUUCAUCAUGAGUGUCUAGAAUGGGUUAUCCAUUGUGAUGUGAAGCCUGAAAAUAUACUCCUGGACAGUGAAUUUGAAGCAAAGAUAGCAGAUUUUGGGCUGGCAAAGUUGUCUCAAAGAGGAAGCCCCAGCUCAGGAUUUUCUCGGAUUCGAGGCACAAAAGGGUACAUGGCUCCGGAAUGGGCUUCGAGUCUUCCUAUCACAGCAAAAGUUGAUGUUUAUAGUUAUGGAGUUGUGAUUUUGGAGAUAGUGAAGGGGAUUAGAUUCUCAAGCUGGGUGGGAAACAGUAGUACUGAGGAGCAGGAACCGGAGUUGACAAGGUUUGUGAAGAUGGUGAAAAACAAAAUUCAGUGCGGAGAAGAAGAGUCAUGGAUAGAGGAUAUAGUGGAUCCAAGAUUGGAAGGGCAGUUUAGCAGGAGGCAGGCAGCAACAAUGGUUGAAAUUGGUAUUUCCUGUGUGGAGGAAGACAGAAGCAAAAGACCAGAAAUGGCUUCGGUUCUCCAACUUCUACUGGAAUGUGAAGAUGAUGCUAAACUUCAUUUUCCUGAACAACAUUUUCAGCAAGCUAGUACUGAGACACCCGAGAGCGAAAACGCUCUCAACAACACAGCCUUCCUUCCCUGACCAGUCUCCCGGUCAAUCUUCCAUGGGAGGAGGGAAGCUCUAUGCUUCCCUCCCCCCUCUCCUCUCUUCCUUCCCUCCCCUUUUCCCCAGCUAGCACCUCGUCGGAGGCAAGCUCUUGCCGUAUCCACCUCUACGGAGGGCAAAUCUGCCUCUUUGAACAAUUUAUCUUUGUUUUUGCUACCAACAUCACAACCCCCACCGUCGAGUUAGGUUAGAGAUUUGGGUCGAGUUUUUCAAAACUAGAUCUACGCUCCUCAACUGGACUCAGCGUCACACGAACCUCUCCACUAUGCUCCCCGCCUUCUCCAGAUUCGCCGAUGCCAGAAGCAUAUCCACCAGACCAUCCACCAUCGGCGUGUGGCCUGCACACGCCAGUGUGUGCCUUUCACAAGCUGGCGUGUGUGGAUCACGUUCCACCUACUUUUCCCCCUCCGCCUCUAUGGUUGGCGACGUAUGGCGGUCCGUAGUGAUUUCUGUGAGAGAGAGGUCAUCUUAGGCUGGCGCAUGUCCUCCGCGCGCCACCUUCGGCGACUCCAUCCUACUUAUUUGGUGCUAUUUUGUUGGGUUUAUUUCCUAUAGUUUUAUGGGCUCUUUGUUGUAUAUAUCCUCUUUAUUUUCUCUGUACGUUAUUUAUAUGGGGCUUGGGUCCUUUAGAUUCCAUAUACACCAUUAACCACUUUCGCUGGUGGCUUUGAUUCUUCGCAUCCGUGCCUAGAAUUAAUGGACCCGCAUCUUUAGAAAUAUUGUCACCACGUACUUUCUUCCUUAGUCUUUUAUUUGUAUUUCCUAGUCUUUUAUUUGUAUUUUAAUUGGGUUGUCCAGCCCUAGUUGAUGUAAUUCCUUGUCAAGUAGCUAAAAAAAAAUAUAUCAUUUUCCUUAAAAUAAUUGCAAGAGCUGUAAUUGUCCUCUUGUUCUAUAGGUAUUGUAUUGUAUAUUUUUUUUUCCUUGUAAUAAGAAUAGUUAUAUUAUAUGAUAAUUCUGUUAUGAUAA